UCACAGGCGCGGGGCGCUCGGACGGCGCUCUUUGUUCCCGGCUCAGCCCCCGCAGCCCGCAGGUCCCCCACGCCCCGUCCCGCCCGCGGUGGGCCGGCCGGCCCGGGGAAGGCGGUGCAGCGCGGGGGCCGGGCUCAGUCUGGCCGCCUGCGGGCUCGGCGGCGCCAGCAGCCCGCCCGCGGGCCGCUCUUCCAUGGGGCAGCCGCGCCGAGCCCUGAGGAGCCGCCGCCGGGACGCGCGCCGAAAAGGGCGAUUGGAAGUACCCUCAAACCCUUGGAGUGACAGAUCCCAGUGACAACAGGACUACCCUGAGAUGAGCUGCACAUAGCCGGCGCUGGCCCCACUGCCAGACCUCCCUGCCCAGAGACAAUGAGGAGCUGUGUGCCAGCCUAACGGGAAGAUUUUGUGGCAGAGGUUAUUUUUUGUUCCCAAACCUUGUGAAAUUUCAUGUGACAGCAGAGCCGUUUCACGCGCCCCAUUGCGCCACCUUGCAGCUGAGGGCUGGGUGGAGGGCCACCAUGGCAGCAAAGCAGCCCCCGCCACUGAUGAAGAAGCACAGCCAGACUGAUCUGGUGAGCAGGCUGAAGACGCGCAAGAUCCUGGGAGUUGGAGGGGAAGACGAUGAUGGCGAGGUCCAUCGCUCAAAGAUUAGCCAAGUACUGGGAAAUGAAAUCAAGUUUGCUGUCCGGGAACCACUGGGUCUCAGGGUCUGGCAGCUGGUUUCUGCUGUCAUGUUUUCUGGAGUCGCCAUCAUGGCCCUUGCUUUCCCUGACCAGCUCUACGAUGCCAUCUUCGAUGAGGAAUCUGUGAGCAGCAAGACUCCCAUCCGGCUCUACGGAGGAGCCCUCCUCAGUAUCUCACUCAUCAUGUGGAAUGCCCUCUACACGGCCGAAAAAGUCAUUAUCCGCUGGAGCCUGCUGACGGAGGCGUGCUACUUCGCUGUGCAGUUCCUGGUUACCACUGCCUCCCUGGUUGAGAGUAGCCGGAUAGCCACAGGUGCCGUGCUCCUCCUGGUCAGCCGAGCCCUCUUCAUCCUCAUCAGCAUUUAUUAUUAUUACCAAGUUGGACGCCGUCCCAAGAAAGUCUAAUUACUGGGCUUUUUGUCAUGGGAAGGGGAGGGGGGAGGGUUGUGUUGGUAAUUUAGCAUUAUAAUUAUGACCUUUUUUUUUUUGGAGGAGGAGGUUAGUCCCUUUUGGUUCCAAAGUGGUAUCCUUCUUUUCCACUUAUUGGCAUGAAUUAGUAUGUAACCCGGUACUGGUGGCAUUGCCAGGUGAAAUGAAGAGGGAGUAGUGUUGGGUGGGAUCCCCCAGCCCCUCUGCAGGAGAUGAGGAGCAGUGGGAUGAAGGCUCAGGGAGGUGUGCAGGCCUGGCAGGCUCAGGGAAAAGAGCCAGUUUCAUGGGGGAAAUUGGCUGAUGGGAUCACAGGCUCUGAACCCGCUGGAACAAAGCACAAAAUAAGACCAGCACAUUGAAACCAAAUCCCUGAGGAGACGGGGAGAAGGACUCAGCUGCUUCCUUUGGUAAGCCUUGCACCUGCCCAUUCCCCUUUCAGCAAGUGCUGACUGUCCAGGUAGCUGGGAGCUGGAUGGGGUUAGGUCUAGUUCAGCACUUUGCAAACAGCCCUUCUUUCCUCGCUGCCAGAGGUGCCACCUUACUUUUAGUUUUGCACUGGGUGCUGUGCAAAGCUUAGUAGGAGACAGAGCAAAAGCAGGGGGGAGGGGGUUCUUGCUUGUUCCCUUCACAGGGACAGUGAUGGGAACAGCAAAGCAGCUGGAAAUAUAAUAUGUGAGAAGUGAAGGAAGCUAUUGGAAAUAGCCCAUCGAGCAAAAAGAUACAACCUUGCUUGGGAUGUUUCUUGAAGUUUCUAGGCUGGGGCAGUUUCCUGUCCCUCCACACCAGAACACAUCCUGCAGUUGCAGCUUUACUGAUGGUAGCAGCAGUGGUGUGUGAGGUAGUCUGUGACGCUUUAGUAAAGCAGCGGCUGGAGUAUUGUGAUUAGUGCUAGUGAAAGCAGAGUGAGCAUCAGUACAGCUGCUUGGGUUCAGUGACGAGCCUCUUGAGAUGAGCCUUAGCUGCAGAAGAUGGUGUUCCAGUUCUGCUAAUGCGCAUCACAGCUUUUCUGACUUUGAGAAGAGAGGACCAAAGUUUCUAGCAUUAAGAUACUUAACUGGGAUGAACAACAGCAAGGAACUCACUGGCCAGUUUCUCCAACGUCCCCUGGUCUUAACAGCAUUGGCUGCCCUACUUCCUAGCACUUGCCUUGCGGAUUAUCCCUGUCCACAGCUGAAGGCAGCAUUUUUUGUUCUCCGUGGGACUAAAGCCAGAAGGUCUGUGUACAGGAUAUGGACAUCUUACUCAUGCGCUACUGUUGACUGGAUCAAGGCAUGCCCUGAAAUAGAACUGACGUCCAAAAAAUCCCAGUAAAAAGAGGCCUAUGGGAACAAAAGUGCUUGUGUGAACAACAACCUUCAAGCUGCUGGUGGGACUGGUAUCUAUUGCUGUUUAAUAUCUUAGUAGAGUUAGAAGAAGGUAGUGGGUAGUUACUGUAUGUUGUGUUAGUGCUUUUGGCAUUUAGAAGCAGCUGCAUAAACUUGGGACACUGUGUGCAUUGUACCUACUGGCCAUGCAAAAUGUCUGUCAGGUAAAAAUACCGGAAUUAGCUGAUCCAGGAAACAUCAGAACUGUAACUUUUUUCCCCAAGAAGUAGAUCAAAGGGAGAGGCAACAUCCAACAGCAGGCUAAAUUCUGGAGCCUCCCAACAACGCAUGCCUGCUAAGCUGCUUUCAACAUGCCCAAAAUACGACACUGAACAAUUAAAACUUCAACAAACUUUAAGAGGAACCUUUGUCUUCAGGUGAAAGAGUUAGGCUUAAGAGGGUAAACCUUUUCCUUGUAAGGCAGGAAAUGAUCAAGUGCAGCCUGGAGAGUAACAUGAAUUAGACAGAGCAGUGGUGCGUGUGGGAGCUGGAGCACGGCAUGCUGUGGCUGUUGCACCCAACCUGUACACCACCUGCAUGGGCAGCUGCAAUGGUUUCAGUGCAACACUUUGGCUGUAGUUGUUGGUGUAGGUAUGUAAAGGCUGAUUCUUUUGUGUUUUGGAGGUAACAUGAAUGUAUACACAGACUGAUUGUUGGUUUGGGGGGGUGGGAAAUUGUGUUUCUAGGAAAGACAAGUAAAACUGACCACAGCAAAACCAAUCUGGGAGAAGGAGAUAGAGGGUCCCCUGCUUAGCAGCUGCCUCUGCAAAACUUAAAAGAGUGAGCCACUUCUAGUUUUGCCAGUUAAUGUCUUCUGCUCCAACACAGAACAGUGCCUGGGUCAGUGGCCACAUAAGUGAUUUUAUGCUACUUGGUACCUAGUCCCGAAAGGGGAGAGAUGAAGAGCUGGUUUUAUUUUCAUGCUUGGUGCUUCGUCUUGCUAUAAAUGGACCAUAUAGAAAGUAUGGAAGUGGACUGGGCCUCUACAACUCUUCUACAACUAAGUGAGAAGGGUCAAAUGGAUGCCCCCACCUGGCACCAGCCACAGAAGGGCUGUUGUCCCUGCUAUGGUCCCUUCCCAUCAGCAAGAUGCUGCCAGAGAAACAUGGCCAGGCCCACUAGAGGAGGUGAAUUUGUAGCAGGUGAGGUCUAGGAGGGAUUUUCUCAGGGUGGCUUGAGGAUGGAGCCCAGGCACAGCAUGUGCAGCACUGCCAGAAACCAGCUGUGGUGGGUUCUCUUCACUCUGGUGUGAGUAGUUGGAAAGGAAGGAGAAUGCUGAAACAUUUGUACAGAACUGCAUCCUGAAGGACAGAAGUGCUGGCAUCACAGCUGCAGGUGGCAGCUGAGCAUAUAAAUUGGGAUCAAAAGCCUGAGGCAUCAAUUCAGGCUCUGUAACUGAUCUGCUGAGAAGAAAUUCCCAUCUCCACAGGCCUCAGUUUCCUUAUAUGUUAAAUUGUGAGAAAAGCCUUGGACUGAUGUCAUCUCCCAUGGGAGACAGUUUGCAAUGAAUUACCUGCUUGCAUUUGUAUAAUGUUGUGCAGGACUGGGAGUUGUGUUCCCCAGAGGGUUGUCCUCUGAGCAGGCACAGGCCAGGACUGAGGCUGACUGCCUUUCUCUGUGAGAGAUCUAUCCAAACCUUCGUGUUCAACAAGCCCUCACUUUUGAGGGUGAAGAAAGCUCAUUAUUUACAUAACUCCCUACAUCACCUUAUUUACGCCUAACCAAUAUCUGGCAAACUGGAGCUGGUGACAAAGGGGAGGCUCUGUCUGUCCUAAGCUGGCCUCUCCCUUCUGGUCAUGGGUUUUUAUUUGGGGUGGGAGGACAGGGGAAAAUGGGACACUUCUAUUUAUACCUCAUUUUAGCUGCUGUACCUGAGUUUAUUCUUUCUCUUCGGGUAAGAAAGUGACUGUACUUAACACUGAGCAAAUA